AUGCAAAUUCGCCUCGUUUCCCUUUCUCUUUUCCUCCCAGUCUCCCAGUCCCUCUUCGCCAUCUCUCCCAUCCCUGACGUCGAUACACAUUCGAACCUGGAUACCCCGCCUUACCAGCUGCUGACGUCCAACACCUCGUCCAACCUCCUGCAACACCACCUCACUCCAGACUACCUCGCCUACAUCCAUCUCACCAUGUCGGCCGCCACAGCCGGCCCCGUCUGGCACCCCGGCGAGCUUGCCGUGCACCGCCUCCUCUCGGUGCCGACACCGCACGCGAACCCCACUUCCGCCGGCCUCCCGCGCCCCUAUGCCGCCCGCAUCGCCGCCGCCCCGCUCCUGGCCCUCGGCACCCUCGACGCCGAGGGCCGUCCCUGGACGACGCUCUGGGGUGGCGCCGCUGGCGUCGCGGGCGCCAUGGGCCCCGGCCUCCUCGGCAUCCGGGCGCGGGUCGACGCCGCGCACGACCCUGUGCUGCGGGCGCUGUGGGGUGGCCCUGUCGUCGACGAGCAGGUCGUGCGUUCGGGUGACAAGGUCGUUUCGGGGCUCGGCAUUGACCUGCAGACGAAGGACCGCGUCAAGCUCAUGGGACGGCUGGUGGCCGGCGCCGUCGCGCAGGGCGAGGUGCAAAUGGCGGUCCGCGUCGAGGGGAGCCUCGGCAAUUGUCCCAAGUACCUCAACGGGCGGGCUCUUGUCGCGAGGACGCCCGAGGUCGAGGGCGUCGAGGAUGGAUUCCCUCUGAGCGCGAGGGCCAGACGGGUUGUCGAUCAGGCGGAUCUGUUUUUCCUGUCGAGCGGGCACGGGACGGGCAUGGAUACGAAUCAUCGCGGCGGGAGCAAGGGGUUUGUGAGGAUCGGGAGGAACGAUGAGGGAGCUGUUGAGCUGAUUUACCCCGAGUGCUGUACCAGACCCUGGGCAAUCUCCAGGCCAACCCCCUCGUGGGCAUCACCAUACCCGAUUUUGACACUUCGGAUGUACUCUAUGUACGUCUUCGCAUUCUGCUCGGCAAUCUGGAACUGGGAACUAACAUGUCGUCAGGCCACCGGAACGGCAACGAUUCUCACCGGCGACGCUGCCGGCGCCCUGCUGCCGCACACCCGCCUCGCCAUCAAAAUCACCCUCACCUCAGCCCUCCUCGUCAAGGCCGGCCUCCCCAUGCGCGCCACGUCCCCACAGGUCGACUACUCCCCCUACAACCCGCCCGCCCGCCCCCUCGCCGCCGAGGGCGCCGCCGCUCUGCCCUCGACCCCGCUCGCAACCGCCACCCCCCAGCACCGCCAGCCCCUGACUCCGAGCAUCACGCGCUUCACGUUCGCCCUCGACGUCCCGCGCGGCGACCCCGUGCCGGGCGAAUACGUCACGCUCGACUUCGCCGCCGAGCUCGACCACGGCUGGAGCCACAUGCGCGACGACGACCCGCGGAGCCUGAACGAGGACUGGGUCCGCAGCUUCACCAUCUCGGGCUACCCGUCCGCCCGCGCGUUCGAGAUUACAGCGCGCGUGAAGCGCGGCGGCGCGACGGAGCUGCUUGCCAAGCACCUGCUGCGGGGCGGCCCGCUCGAGGUUGCCGUGCGCGGGUUCGCCGUGACGGAGGGCACGAGGAUGGGCGCCGUCGCUGAGGAGGAGAAGAAGGAGGUUUUCGUCGGGGGCGGUGUCGGCAUUACGCCUCUGCUCGCGCAGGCGCCGGGGCUGCUGACGGGUGGCAAGGCGUUCGAGGUCAUUUGGGGGGUUAGGGGGGAGGACGUCGGUGUUGUGCGUGACGCCGUCGAGAGGAUCCCGGGACUGGCGGCAAGGCUGAGCGUACAUGUCACGGGAAAGAUUGGUGAGGCGGACGAGGAGACGCUCGCAAAGGUCGAGGCUUUGGGCGUCAGGAUCGAGAGGAGGCGGAUGGAGAAGCAUGAUCUGGAGCGGGUGUUUGCGGGGGAGAAGAGAAAGUUCUACUUGUGCGCUGCGCCUGUGCUGCUGACGGUUAUGAAAGGCUGGCUGGAGAACGAAGAGGUUGUCUGGGAGGACUUUGGGUAUUGA